AUGAAAACUAACGUUAUGAUUGCCUGCCUUUUGGUGUCAGCUGCAGCCAUGUUGGCGAACCCGCCGGCGACAUUAUCCCUGAUACCAAUUACGACUGUUGACAGAAUCUCGGAUCCGAGCUACAGUUUCAACUAUGCGGUCAACGACCCUUCAACGGGAGACAACAAGGCGCAGUGGGAGCAUCGCGACGGGGACCACGUUCGAGGGGCCUACUCCUUAGUCGAACCCGACGGAAACGUGCGUCACGUCGAGUACAGCGCCGACCCCCUGACCGGAUUCAACGCGGUCGUCAAAAAAACCGGUCCCAAUGUGCAUUCGCUGUCAAUCGCCGCUCCGAUUGCGCCAAUCGCUCCUAUCGCACCGAUAGCUCACGUCGAGCAUGUUCCAAUCGCACCGGUAUCCCACGUCGCCCCGGUGGCGGAAAUCGCCCCUCUCGCACCAAUCGCCCCCUUGGUCCACACGCCAAUAAUUACCCCAGUCAUUGAAACUGCCCCGAUUAUUGCUCCGCACCCGGUAAAUUAUCACCCCCUCUAUCGGAUCAGAGGACCCGCCCCCUGGGUGACUUUAUCCGGCAGUUCAUAUGCGAAGGGUAACGUCGUCCGACGUUGGACAGCUGGUCCUAUUUCGUUGGAGGGAAAGACGCUCACGAUAAAAACCAGGCAUCAUUAA